AUGGUGUUGUUGAUGUUGUUGUUCGUGGUGGUAGGAGACAGCACCGUGAGAGAACCGGCAAGGGGGCGCGGGCAGGGCAGGGCACGACAGGGCAGGGCAAGGGUAUGGGGCAACGCAUGGCAUGGCAUGGCAUGGAUGGUAGAAACGGUAGGGUAUCUGUUUGUCACUCACCUCUCCACCAAGGGUACCGACUCCGGAGUGCUAGGUGGCAGUGGCAGUGGCAGGGCGUGA